AGCGCCGCGGCGGCGCGUCCGCCCGCUCUUAAAGGGCCCGCGUCCCGAACAACUCGCCGCCCGCGCGGCGUCCCAUCGCCGCCACCCAUCACGCCCCCCGCCUCUCGCUCCCUCUCCCCUCCCCUCGCCUGGCGUCCCCGGGCUCCCGGCAACGAGCCGCCCCCAGCGUUCUCACGGCCCCGGCGGGGCGCUGGGGACCGCGGGGCCGAGCUCAGCCCCUCGAGCCGGGGUCCCUUCCCAGAGCCCCGCCCCUGCUGCCCCCCGCGCCCCUCCGCUCGCGGCCCAGGAGCGCCUCCGCGGCCCCGGGGAGGGGACGUUUCCUAAUCUCGGGCCGGGGUUAAAGUUCUGGUCCUGGUGAGAUGCUGGAACCUGCGGCCGCAGCCGCAGCCCGUCCCGGAGGUGUCCUGUCGCCUGUCGCCGCCGCCCCCACCGCCGCCGCCUCUGCCGCCCUUCCGGGGCCAUGUUCGCUCCGGGCUUGCCCUUCUUGGUGCUCUUGGUCGCCUCCGUCGAGAGCCAUGCGGGGGUCCUGGGGCCCAAGAACGUCUCGCAGAAAGACGCCGAGUUCGAGCGCAUCUACGUGGAUGAGGUCAACAGCGAGCUGGUCAACAUCUACACCUUCAACCACACUGUGACCCGCAACCGGACGGAAGGUGUGCGUGUGUCUGUGAACGUCCUGAACAAGCAGAAGGGAGCGCCGUUGCUGUUUGUGGUCCGCCAGAAGGAGGCUGUGGUGUCCUUCCAGGUGCCCCUAAUCCUGCGAGGGCUGUUUCAGCGCAAGUACCUCUACCAAAAAGUGGAGCGAACACUGUGUCAGCCCCCCACCAAGAACGAGUCUGAAGUCCAGUUCUUCUAUGUGGAUGUAUCCACGCUGUCACCAGUCAACACCACCUAUCAGCUGCGGGUCAGCCGGAUAGAUGACUUUGUGCUGAGGACCGGGGAGCAGUUUAGCUUCAAUACCACUGCGGCCCAGCCCCAGUACUUCAAGUAUGAGUUCCCUGAGGGAGUGGAUUCGGUGAUUGUCAAGGUGACCUCCUACAAGGCCUUUCCCUGCUCGGUCAUCUCCAUCCAGGAUGUCCUGUGCCCUGUCUACGACCUUGACAACAACGUAGCCUUCAUCGGCAUGUACCAGACCAUGACCAAGAAGGCAGCCAUCACCGUGCAGCGCAAAGACUUCCCCAGCAACAGCUUCUACGUGGUGGUGGUGGUGAAGACUGAGGACCAGGCCUGCGGGGGCUCCCUGCCUUUCUACCCCUUCAUGGAAGAUGAACCGGUUGAUCAGGGGCACCGCCAGAAAACCCUGUCAGUGCUGGUGUCCAAAGCAGUCACAUCCGAGGCCUACGUCGGUGGGAUGCUCUUUUGCCUGGGGAUAUUUCUCUCCUUCUACCUGUUGACUGUCCUCCUAGCCUGUUGGGAGAACUGGAGGCAGAAGAAGAAGACUCUUCUGCUGGCCAUAGACGGAGCCUGCCCAGAAAGUGCUUCUCUCCUUGGUCACCCUCGGGUCCUGGCUGGUUCCUUUCCUGGCAGCUCCUCUUACGAGGGUUACAACUACGGCUCCUUGGAGAAUGGCUCCGGAUCCACCGAUGCUUUGGUUGACAGCACCGGUACCGAGGACCUCUCUUACAGUUACCAGGACCGCUCCUUUGAGCCAGUGGGUCCUCGGCCACGGCUGGACUCCAUGAGCUCCGUGGAAGAGGAUGACUACGACACACUGACCGACAUUGAGUCAGACAAGAAUGUCAUUCGCACCAAGCAAUACCUCUACGUGGCUGACCUGGCACGAAAGGACAAGCGUGUUCUGCGGAAAAAGUACCAGAUCUACUUUUGGAAUAUCGCCACCAUUGCUGUCUUCUAUGCCCUUCCCGUGGUGCAGCUGGUGAUCACCUACCAGACGGUGGUGAAUGUCACAGGGAAUCAGGACAUCUGCUACUACAACUUCCUCUGCGCCCACCCACUGGGCAACCUCAGCGCCUUCAACAACAUCCUCAGCAACCUGGGGUACAUCCUGCUGGGGCUGCUCUUCCUGCUCAUCAUCCUGCAGCGGGAGAUCAACCACAACCGGGCCCUGCUGCGCAAUGACCUCUAUGCCAUGGAAUGUGGGAUUCCCAAACACUUCGGUCUGUUCUAUGCCAUGGGCACGGCUCUGAUGAUGGAGGGGCUGCUUAGUGCUUGCUAUCACGUCUGCCCCAACUAUACCAAUUUCCAGUUUGACACAUCCUUCAUGUACAUGAUCGCUGGACUCUGCAUGCUGAAGCUGUACCAGAAGCGGCACCCAGACAUCAAUGCCAGCGCCUACAGCGCCUAUGCCUGCUUGGCCAUCGUCAUCUUCUUCUCUGUGCUGGGCGUGGUUUUUGGCAAAGGGAACACGGCAUUUUGGAUCGUCUUCUCCAUCAUUCACAUCAUUGCCACCCUGCUCCUCAGCACGCAGCUCUAUUACAUGGGCCGCUGGAAGCUGGACUGGGGGAUCUUCCGCCGCAUCCUCCACGUGCUCUACACGGACUGCAUCCGGCAGUGCAGCGGACCCCUCUACGUGGACCGCAUGGUGCUGCUGGUCAUGGGCAACAUUAUCAACUGGUCGCUGGCUGCCUAUGGGCUCAUCGUGCGCCCCAAUGAUUUUGCCUCCUACUUGUUGGCCAUUGGCAUCUGCAACCUGCUGCUUUACUUUGCUUUCUACAUUAUCAUGAAGCUCCGGAGCGGGGAGCGGAUCAAGCUCAUCCCUCUGCUCUGCAUCAUCUGCACCUCCGUGGUCUGGGGCUUUGCGCUCUUCUUUUUCUUCCAGGGCCUCAGCACCUGGCAGAAAACUCCUGCAGAGUCCAGGGAGCACAAUCGGGACUGUAUCCUCCUCGACUUCUUUGAUGACCAUGACAUCUGGCACUUCCUGUCCUCCAUCGCCAUGUUUGGGUCCUUCCUGGUGUUGCUGACACUGGAUGAUGACCUGGACACCGUGCAGCGGGACAAGAUCUAUGUCUUUUAGCAGGAGCUGGGGCCCCUUGCUUUACCUCAUGGGGCCCUGAGCUCCUCUUUGCCACCGGCCAGGGCGCCUCUGCGGUGCUGGGGUUGGGAGCCCCAGCCCUGCUGCCCAGCACUGGAUGGCGGUGGGACAAUGAAGUCCAGCCCAGGCCAGACUCGGUACGGUCCUGGGGUGGCAGUGAGCCUUGCAGCUGCCCUCUGCCAGGGAGGAGGCCUGCUCCCCGACGCCCACACACUGGCCAAAUUGCUGCUUUCUUCUCAGUGUUGGGGCCCCCCGGAGGCCCCCGUCCGUCCGUCCAUCUGUCCGUCCAUCUGUCCAUUGGUUCUCUUGUUUGUCCCUCUGAAGGAGGAAGGAGGCAAGGGGAUGCCCACUCUGUUUUCAUACCUUGCAUUCUACCCACCCUUCCCGUCCUCCUUAGCCCAGGACCUGGAGCCCUUUCUUCCCACUUCUGCUCCAGGACCCUGGUCUGAGGUCUGAUUUGUGUCCUGCUGCAGAGCCCCCUCUCUUUGGGGCUGUACCUCGCUGCCAUCACUGCCCUCUGGUCAGCCAGGAUGGAUACAGGGGUGGGAUUUUGGGGGCUGGCCAGCUGGUGCCAGGCUUUUGGUGCUAAGGCCUGCAAGAGGCCCAGGGCAGGCUCCCCGCCACCUGUGCACAGGUUGGCUCUUCAGCAGUGGCGUUUAGCUCCAUUUGAGAGCCACCUUUGAGGGGCUGCAUUCGGAGAUCGUCUCUUCAUCUCAUACGCCUCCCAGGCUGAUGCCAGCACCAGGAUUGGAGGGAGAAGCAAUUGGUCCGUCCCUUUCCGAGUCCUCAGUCCUGCCAAGCCCCAGAUGGGGCCUUUCAGUGCCAUUGACACUGCCCAAGAAUGUCCAGGGGCAGAGGAGGGUGGUGCACAGAGCUCAGCCCGUCCUGCCUCCUCCACAGCUGCAGGAGCCCCAGUGCCUGUCUUAGAAAGGGGCUUAAGGAAGUGACAUGCCAUUUCCCUGUGUGUCCCCAGUCCCAGUCUCGCUCCGGGAUCCAGGGCUGGCCUUGAAGUCCGUCCAGCCUUCAGCCAGCUCCUGUCAGGCACACGCACACACAGAAGCCUUGGAGUUUACACGGGGUCCCCCAGCCUGGGCCCUCUGGCUGCUCUGGUCCUUGGUUCCCUUCGCCCCACUUGGUCCAUUCCAGAUGCCAAGGAUGGGGGUGAUCAGGUUGGGUCUCUGCCUUGGGGUGGGAGUGGUUUCUCUCCCCGACAUGUUUUUAUAAAAGCUCUCCUUGGGCUGGGACAGGAGGCUGGCCUGGGUCUUCUUUUCAGAGCUCCGUUUUAUGUCUCCAUGCUAUGGAUGUGUUGUUUUCUAUGAAUGAGUGCAUUCAAUAAAGACAACCAAAUGCA